AUGGUCGACAAGAUGAGCUUGAAGCUUCUCAUAGACAAAUCCUCCCACAGGGUCCUUUUUGCUGAAGCUGGCAAAGAGGUGGUGGAUUUCCUCUUUGGCCUCUUGUGUAGGUACUAUAUAUGUCCCUUGUGCUACUCCAACUACAACAAUGUUGUCCAUUUUACUGAUGUUUACGGGACUCACUGUCCUUGCAACGGUCAAAUGACAAAAGAGAAACACUACAUGGAUUCCAAGUCCAAUAGGGUUGAAGUUAACGGUGGUGGCGGAUUUGUCCAUGGUAUUGUGACCUAUACCAUUUCGGACGAUUUAACGGUAACGGCAAUGUCCACGAUCUCUAGCAUCACGCUUCUCAACAAUUUUAACAUCAAAGAUCUGGGCUCGCUUGAGGAAAGUACCGUGGAACUCGGCUUAGAAGAGGGGUUGGAGCUCCUGAAGGCUUCUCUGCAGUCGAAAACCGUUCUCACCGACGUUUUUCUCGGGAAGAAGUAG